ACAUCUGACGUGAAGCCGCAAUUACUACGGUGCUCGUCCACUUCUCGCAGCAAGGAACGGUCAAUUCCGGGGACAGGGAAACAUCUAUGCUACUUUGAAAGCCUAGACGAAGAUCAACGUUACCUGACUUCAUUCGCUGCAACAAUGCUGCUCCUCGACUACCAGAAUGUCCUGAUCCAAUCCAUCCUCACAGAACGCUUCUCAGGCGCACCUCCGCAGUCCAUAGACCAAGUCGUGUCCGACUUCGACGGCGCAACAUUUCACAUAUCUACCCCUGCCUCGAAAUCCCAGAUCCUGAUUUCCCUCGCCAUCAAGUGCUACAGAGAACUUGUCCAGCAUGGCGCCGAAGCUGUCCUUCAACGAGAAUACGGCAACUACAUUACGCAGACGGAAGCAGGCUAUGACUUCAGCAUCCUGAUCGAUCUGGAGAACCUGCCGGGGACACCGGAAGAGAGAGAAGACCUCGUGCGACGAAUCAGCCUACUAAAGCGGAACGUUAUGGCUGCGCCGUUCGAGAAAGCCUUUGACGAGUUCGCUCAAUUGGCCGAGGAGGCGUCAAAGUACACAUCCGAGUCAGCGCCGCAAGGCGUGCAAGAAGGAGGAGAAGUCAUGGCGAUCCAUUACCGUGAAGAGGAGGCGAUUUACAUUAAAGCCAGCCACGACCGGGUAACUGUGAUAUUCUCAACGCUGUUCAUCGAUGCAGUUGAUCGGAUUUUCGCAAAGGUGUUCUUGCAGGAAUUCGUGGAUGCAAGGAGGAGAGCCAUUCAGAAUGCUCCGCAGGUGCUGUUCAGGAGCGAUCCGCCUUUAGAAUUGCAAGGGCUCAAAGGAGUCGGCAAGACUGGCGAGAAGGGGGAGCUGGGUUUCAUCACGUUCGUCCUCUUCCCCAGACAUCUGACUCGCCAACGACGGGAAGAUGUGAUUUCACAUAUCCAAACAUUCCGGGACUACUUCCACUAUCACAUCAAAGCUUCCAAGGCAUAUAUUCACUCGAGAAUGCGACGGAGGACCGCGGACUUCUUGCAGGUUCUCAACCGCGCAAGACCCGAGACGGAGGAACGAGAAAGGAAAACUGCAAGUGGUAGGACAUUCAGGGUACAGGGCUGAUUGUCGGGGCUUCGACAGUACAGAUUGGUUGCUGAAGAAUUCGAACGUUGGUGACAUGCCAUACGAUUUGCCUCAAUGUCCCCGAAUGCUGGCGGCGACAAUCGUGUCCCAUCAUGUUUUCGGUGCACGAGACCCUUCAGUAGUAGACAACAGAAUCACUUUGCGAGUAAGGCUGAGGCUACUAGACAAAGUCGUUGCACGUAUCCAAAUCAAGCCACAAUAACGUCGUGCGUUUUCC